AUCAAGACUGUAUCAAUGCCGUCCACAUGACAAGUACAGGAUCUAGAUGAUGAAGACAUCUACGUCAUUACCUAUAGGUAGACAUGAUAGGCCUCCAUACCCGAAGGAACUGCAAUACCUAUUGUCAAUCACAUGUAUGCAACUGUGCCUCACUCUAACAGCCAAUCAGACCUACAGUUGAGACAAGACGAGAUCACUCCAAUCGAACAAGGUGUCAUGCACUAGGUGACAGGAUGUCAGCGAAGUGCUCAGCCUAAUGCCCCGCCCUGCUCUUGCAAUUGAGUUUCCAAGCCUUUUUCAACCAUGAGAGUCCAGCUAAGGGACCUUUCUUCGAGGCUAUGGAUCCUAUAUCUGCGCUCAGUGUUGCUGCUGCGUGCGUACAAUUCUUUAAAUUUGGCUUGGAGACCGUGAAAGUUUGUCAAGAUAUAUGCGACUCCAAGGAUGGGUCGACGAAAUGCAAUGAUGCACUCAAGCGACGAGCGCAGAAUGUGAAAGACCUUAGCUGCGAGAUUAAAUCGUUAUCGUUGAAGAAUCCGAAGAGUGAGGCUGCUAUCACAAGACUCACGGAAGACUGCUGUGCUCGUACUGAAGAGCUUUUGGACCUAUUGGAGAAAAUACGGAAGUCUGGCAGAAAAAGCUUUUUUGGUAAUGCCAAGCGCACUUUGUCUGUUCUUAAAGAGCAAGGAACGAUUGCGAACCUAGAAGAGAGGCUAAAUAAAAGUCUGGCAGAUUUGAGCAACGCACUGCUUCCAGAGAUUCUGACACGAAUCGAUAAUCUGACCAUGAGUCUAGAAGACAAAGUCUCUAUGGUACAUGUUGAUUUUCGCAAGCGUUUCACGGAGCUCGAAAACUCUCAACGUGCGAAGGACUCGGUCGAUUCAACACAUCAUCGAGAGUUGCGUAGCGAUAUUGGACAACUUCAGCAGAACAUCCGAACCGUCGAAGAAACAAUCUAUACCGGCAACGACACACUGCGGAAUGACAUAAGCCAACACUUCGUAGAUUACAAAGCCUAUAUGAAUGACACAAAUAGCCGUACUGAGCUUCUACGCAGCCUCUUCUUCCCAGACAUCACAGUGCGCCAGGAAAUGAUAAAAAGGCCAUGGCACGAUACUUUCAAGUGGCUUUUUGAUCCUCCGAAGGAUCACAAAAUCGUAUGGUCUGACAUAUCUACGUGGCUCAAAUCCGAGGAUGCAGUGUAUUGGGUCAAUGGCAAAGCCGGAUCUGGGAAGAGCACUCUCAUGGUUCACCUUGCAGGUCAUGACCAGACAAUGACUCUCUUAAAAGACUGGGCUGGAAAUAGACCUCUCUAUACGUUUUCCUUCUUUUUUUGGAAGGCAGGCUCGGAUAUGCAAAAAUCCCUGAUAGGCUUGAUGCGAUCUCUGCUAUAUCAAGUUUGCAAGGAGAUUCCAAGGGCAGCGGGAACAUGUUUCAUGAAGCUCGGUUUAGCCGUGGGACGAAUACCACAUUGGACGGAAACACGUCUUAGGUCUGCCAUACACGCCGUCCUUUGCGAUCUAUCGAAGGACUGUCUUUGCAUAUUCAUAGAUGGCCUUGAUGAAUUCGAGGGCGAAUCCGAUGUGCUCAUGGAUCUAGUGAUGGGGAUCCAGGACUUCAAGAACAUCAAAUUAUGUGUUUCGAGCCGUCCUGAGACAGGACUUGUCCGAAGGCUUAGCACCUGUGCACAACUGAGAUUACAAGAUCUUAAUGAGGAUGACAUCAAGACCUUCGUUUCAGCACAAUUGUCGCAAUACAAAAAGAACCGCGAGAUCCAGGGUCUGGUGGACUCCAUUGUAGGGAAAUCCGAAGGAGUCUUUCUUUGGGCUUCCGUGGUUACUCAGUCCAUCAAGAAAGGGCUUGAGAACUACGAUCACGAGACCCUUCUUCAGCGGCGAUUGGCAGAAAUGCCGCGUGAACUAAACGAUUUAUUUAGCGAGAUGUUUUCCAAAAUUGAUCCCAUAUACUACGAAUCACUUGCAUCCAUCCUCUUUCUUAUAGAUGCACACACAAGGCUUGGGCUACCUACCCUUUCUGUUGCUAGAGUGGCAGCAUACCCGAAUCUAAGUAAGCCUAUAUCGGGAGACAGCUUUGUAGCGACGUGUGAGAAAGCAAUGAAGCAGAUACUAGGCCAGAGUUGCGGGCUAAUUGAUAUAUCGAGGAGACCUCAUGAUUACGAUGGUCCCGAAGUACUUCUCCAUCGUUAUCCCGAACCUUUCCAAAUCGACCCAGACAGAACAGACUACGUCUGCCUGGAGUCAUAUAUCCAGCAAGCCUGGUGGAUCUCAAAUGAAGAACCACUGAACUCCACACUCAUUCCGCGCAACGCCCCAGCUUAUGCGAAGAGUUUGAUCCGUUACCAACAUAUGGAUCUGAACUUUGUUCAUCGUUCAGCAUAUGAAUUCGUACUCAGCCUUGGAUCCGAACACGAACUUCGACGGCACAAUCGGUACACAGACAUCGAGCUACCUUCGAGAUGGUUGGAGUCCGAGUUUUAUUUCUUAAUGAUUGUGCCGCGCAGCCUGUCGGACAUUCAAGAGCCGACAACCACCAUAUUAAACCUUAUUGCAUUUAGUCGUUUUUUCGAUAAGGACGACCACAGCUAUAUCAUUAACAGGCUUUGGCAAAUUCUAGUCUGGCUAUCUGGGCUAGGAUAUUGUCCAUUAGAGGAAUGCUUAACCUUAUUUGAACCAGUUUGGUUUUGGGAUCUAUACAUGUAUCGCAUUUCAGUACACCGUCCACUCAACGCGCCAUGGGAAUAUGUCAUCUCUCGAAUUAAGCCUCAGCUCGCCGUUUUGGCUAAGCGACCGUAUAAGGUUACACUUUUUCGUGCUAUAGCAUCUGGAGCUAUACGCACGAUAAGUGAACGUGUGCAAUAUGGUUGUCCCGAAUACCUUACAGGACUCGCGCUUUUAGCUUUGACACAGUUACUAUGUGAUGCGGACGACUAUCGCAGAUCAGUACAUCCAGCGCAUUGCAUAUCAUCAAUUUAUCAUCGACCUACUCUAUCACGUCAAACAUGUUCCAGUCAUUUCGUUUCGUGGCAGGUAUUCGCAUGCAGCCGGGAGUGUGGCAUAGUAGCUGCGAUUUACUCUGGCGAGUGCCUCUUUUGGCUACGGAAUCCGCCUCGUAGACGCAGGAAGCAUAUCUUCGCGGACUUCAUUGAGAUCAUCAACGCUCUGGGCGAUCUAUUCGAGAUAGAAACGACCCGCUGGAAUUGCCUGGAGAUAAAGCAGCCAGCAAUAAAUCACAAUGGUUCAAGGCUCGUCCAGCAACAUUUCACGUCGCAGGAGUGCUACAUGUGGGCAAAACACGCCAGAAGAGCUAGAAUCUUUGUACAAGGAGACUUCGGUACCAUAUUGUCGUGGACGGACUCCAUGCUGGCUCGUCUUUCUGAUGCACGUCAACGGCGCACAUCAUGGAGGUUUAUUAAGCAUAAAAUAAGUCGACGGAUGCCGCGUAUCCGUCUCACCUUCGGCUCGAUAGCUUUUACUGAUGGAGAAGUGUGCAACAAGACUAUUCGGGCACGGGCUUAUUAUGACUUGAGUACACCUACUAUCAUGGAGUUACUCCAUAGGGCUAGUAUCGCCGGUUUCUCUAGGGGAUAUAGCGCGCAUGGGGCGGUCAGUUCUACGCACUUUGGUGGAAGUCUUGAACAUUUCGAGCAGUUCCAGAAAAUGCUUAUAGAAGAUUUAUGGUCGAACGAGAACGGUCAGCUAAACGCGUUCCAGCAGUUGUAUGCACUGGCUUGUGUACGACUUCAGCUCGAAGAUAUCUGGCAUAUUGACUGUGAUUGCGAUGAGCGUUCUCAGACUCCACUAUUUGAUGCUUCAUAUCCUGAGCUAGGGCCUACAUAUGGAGAUGAUGAGUUGUCCGCGAAAGAGUGGGAUGAUUCUUCCGAGACGAGUGAGGCGAGUGUUCCGGAAUAUGCCGACUAUCCGAAAUACAGUUUAGUAGAGCUUUCGAACGUCGACCUUAAGUUCUAAACCAAUAUACGAGUUACGCAUCAUGGCUGUGGUUAAAUUUAACUUAGCGAAGAAGUACGGUAUAGAUCGCAAAACAAUAAAAUGACGACAUAAGUACUUCCACACGCGAGGAAAUUGAGAAUUUCUUCAUGCCCGUUGUUUCGCUACUAACAAUAAGAACAGCGUAAUGGGAGUGUUGAAAGGCGGUACAUAGUUAAUAGAGUUUCUUGACGAUGACUGAACGUCAGAAAAACCAGAUGGCUAAAAGAUACUUGAAAGGUAAAGCCUCUAAUAAGCAGUCAAAAGCAUGGCAUGCUAGUGAAAUAAGAUGGGCAUCGUUAUUAGACUCCAAUCCCUGCUACUAUGUCUUGUUAUUACGAACUACAUAUUAGAAGAAGCUGCUGACACAUAGCCCCGGCUUCCCAGAUU